AGUGAGCAAAGUUCAAGGUCAGCUGAGAAGUCAGUAACAAGGAACCUUCCUGAGUAACAGAAGUUAAAAACCCACGGAGUGUCUCAGAUAACCUCCUAGAGACUAGAAGAAAUUUUCAACAUGUUAUCCACAAAAAAGAAGGAUUCUGGCAGCAAUCUGAUUGAAGAAGAAAAUGAUGAGAGUGAGAAAGAGGUUGAAAAAGAAAAUGAAAGUAAAGAAGAAAAUGAAACACCGACAGCUAAUGGUGAAAAUCAAGCUGAUGUAGAUAAUGAAGGAAUAACCAUAGUCGUCCCUACUUUAGGAAGUAUCAAUGCAGGAGGAGAUGCAAAGAACAAAGACACAAAUGGAGACAUAAAAGCUACAAAGGAGUCACCUAAGUCAGCAAAACCAAGAAAAAAGCGUGAAUAUAAACUCAAGGCAUUUGUGGGAAUUCUGUUUGUAUUUAUAGUGAUUGCAGUGAUCCUCAUUUACCACUUUUAUCAUGAACAACAGUACCUUAUUGAGAUUGGCCGCAAAAUUCGCUUUCAGGAAGACACUAGGGUUUUACACAUUGAUCGGAUCAAUGUAAAUGAAGACAAUGUAAGAGAUGACAUUCUUUUGGGAAAUCUUGGUUUGAAUAUUCCAUACCAUUCCCUGCCAAGUAAAUGUUCUUUAGAAGAAGAUAAAACCACAGAACUAUGUUUGAAGUGGAAAUACUAUGCAAGGCUAGAAAUCAAAUAUGAAGUUUUAGGAGGAAACAAAUGCUACAAUAUUUCAUGGGAAGGGCUGAAUCCACUCCAUGAGCCUAAAGACUGCUUUAACUUAGACAGUGGGCAUUGGUAUGGUAUGGGUGAGCUUGACCCCCAGAUGUGGCCACUAGAGAAAAAGCAUAUAAAACUUUCACCUUUCCUAUCAGGAAGGAAUAGACUUGGGGACCGUUUUGGACAGGUAUUAGAACGUUACCUGUUACAGUCACAGGGAGCUGUUUUGGUUGUUGACUAUGAUGUCCCUUUGCACGUUAGUCUGAAUCAAAACAAUGAUAGCAAACUUUGCCUCCAUGGCCGCUUCCAAGAUUCCCCAUUUCCAGAAAUCAAUAGAACCAGAACAGACACAAAUUUUCUCAGGUACAGGAUAUGUGUUGGUCAUAAUGCAAGGAAGGUGCAGGAGUUUGCACUGCAGUCACUACUACCCACACCAAGAAGCAAUAAUAACUAUAAUAUACUCAAACCCAUGAUUGACAAUCCUGUGUGGACAAUGACACACAGAGGUGAGCUUAAACAGGAUAAAGUGCUUGACUUUGCGAGAAAAAUCAAAGAAAAUGAUUUUCAUAGCAGCUACUUAGAAAUCAGUGACCACUGGCAAGCAGUGCAUGGGGACUUGAUUUUUGAUACCUCCAAAUUCCCAAACAUCUCAAUGCUAUCUGGGCAACUAAAAACUAUGGGCUUUAAGUUGGCCUUGUGGAUCCACCCAUUUGUGAAUGUGGAGUCAAAAGCAUUUGUUGAAGGAGUUUUUAAAAAUUACUGGGUGCGUGGCCCAAAUAACCAGGUCAGUGGCUUAACCCUUUCCCAUGAUGAUGAGGUGGCUGCCGUGUUAGACCCUACAAAUGGGGAUGCUACUGCAUGGUUUCAGCAGAAGCUGGGAGACCUUGCACAGACCUAUGGAAUAGACUCUUUUACCUUUGGGGGCAAGGGAUUGCUCCCUGCUAGUCCAACAUUUGAGAAUCCUUUGAGUGAUAUUGAUUACUAUACAAAGCUGUAUGCAGACAUGGUGGCCGCCUUAAAUAUGCCAGUACAGCUGGAGGCUGCCUCUAGAUCACAGCAUUUGCCAAUUGUUAUAAAAAUGUUUGGAAGACAAACAAAUUGGGGCUAUAACUUUGGCCUCAAAAGUGUCAUCCCUACAGCUCUAGCUUUAUCUGUGUUGGGUUAUUCUUUUGUAAUCCCUGGGAUUAUUGGGGGAAAUGCUGAUCUAAAUACCAUGGAUAAAGAAUUGUAUAUCAGGUGGAUGGAGGUAGCAGCAUUUAUGCCUGUGAUGGAAUUUUCUGUUGCUCCUUGGGAGUUGGAUCCUGAGACAGUGAUUAUUGCUAAGGAUAUGAUCAAUAAGCAUAAGACUGUCGUUGUACCUAGAAUCCAAUCAUAUUUAUUUGAUUUGAAUUGUUCUCAAAUAUGCCCUCCAAUUAUCCAACCCCUGUGGUGGAUUGCUCCAGAUGAUGACACUGCACAGACAAUUGAUUCUGAGUUUCUUGUAGGGGAGACCCUCCUUGUUGCCCCAAUUUUAGAAAAGUCAAAAAAGACCAGGGACAUCUACUUUCCAAAGGGAAUCUGGAGAGAUGAAAUUCAAAGAAAUUCCAUAACCGGUCCAAAGUGGAUGAAAAACUAUCUUGUAGAGUUGAAUCAGAUUGCAUAUUUUACAAUGGUUUCUUGAAACGUGACCUACAUCAAAAAUUCUAAUUUUUAUUAAAAUAAGCCUAGAUCUAAGUAAUUGCUUUGAAUCGCCCUUUUACACUUGCUGCUAUUGGACACCACUAGCACUAAUGGGGAAGAUGGUACUAUCUACCCUGCCAUAGUAAACUGUUUUAUAUAACAUUAGAAUAUUUCAGAAACUUUAUACUUGAUGACCAUUGCCUGCUAUCAGACUCAUUGGAGCAUGUGUUCUUCACAGCUGAGGGUCCACAGUAAAAAGAAGUAAUGUUUAAUAUCACUUGGGACCCUACUAGUAGAUAUCCCAGAGUGGGGUCUGUUUGUACACAUACUGUACAUCAACCAUGACAGAAAUGACCAAUGUGCAAUUAGUUCAGGCAAGAAAAAUCCUACAUGAAUUACAGCGAUGCUGACAUUUUAACACUUUGAAUAGGUGGAUUGAAUCUAAUUUAAAUGCAUUUUUUUUUUGAAAAGUAUGCACAUUUCAACCCCUAGUUUGUAAAAUUAAGAUUGCAAUCAUCAGAAUGAAUUGGCAGAAAUCAAGAUUUUCUAUUAUGAUAUGAAAAACUUGCUCAUUUUUGCAAUUUAUUAGAUAAAAUUAGGAUAUGCCAGUUUAUUUAUGUAUCAAAAAAAUUAUAUGCAUUUCCCCUUUUUAUACUGAUAAGUGAUAGGUUUUUUGUAACUUGUUAUUGUUAUUUGAGUGAAAUCGGAACACGCAGCUGCUAUUUUUUGAAAAAAAUAUGCACAAAGUGCUAAGUUAUGUUAUUUUAUUGUUAGUCAUAAUAUUUAAUGAUUAUUAAGUGUUUGCAUUUUUUGUAAUUGUUUUAUAAAUAUAAGUGAAAUAUCUCAAUCAUUGUACUAAUGAUGGUGUACUGUGUUAAUUGCCAUUUUAACAGCUGAGAUUGAAUAAAUACAUCAUAUAUUUUCAAAUU